AUGACCAGACGUUGGCACAUCAAGCUCGAUCCCUAUGAAACAGAGCUUCUUCAUACCGUAGACUUAAAUCAACAACUUGCAAGGCUUGAACCAAAGACUCCCGAGCAGGCAGCAUUGGAGAAGGAGAAGCAUAGGGAGGCGCAGGCUCGAUAUCGUGAGCAUCACAGAGAGCUCAUCAAUUUGCGGGCCCGGAAAGCAAGGUGA